CAAUGCCUUAGGGUAUUGGUUUUGGAUUUGAUGAAAAUAAAUUUAGAAUUUGGAUUGACAAAGAUUAUAACAAAUCUACAUGUUCAUCUGAAGAUUUAAGUUAUGAAAAUGGUGACCUUGUUCAUAGACACAUUAAAAAAUUAAAGGUUGCCAUUAUUUAAUGAAUUUAGAUCGCUAUUGUAGAAGUUUGGGGAAUAGUACAUCCAGCUAUAGAAGAAUAAAUGGAUGAUCAUAAUAUUGCUAAUGCUGAACCAGAAUUUUAAUAAUUUGAAAUCAAUAAUUAUGAGGAAGUCGAAAAUCAAAAUUUAGAGUAAGAUAUUAUUAUAUUCAUCAUAUUCUUAGUUCUAAAGCUGAUUAUUAUUGGGCUAAUAAAUAAUAAGAAGUUAAAAUUGAAACAACAGCAACUAAUACUUUUUAUUGGAAUAAUGCAUAAACCUCAAAACCUACUUUAUAAUAUAAUUCAAACCUUACAAAAAGUCAACCAAUUACUAAUCCUUACUACAAUUAAGGAUUAUAAACUGAAUAAUAAAUUGCUGAUCUACUUGUUGGAAAAAAUACAACUAAUUAUAAUUAAUAAUAAGAAGUGAUUACUUAAACUACUCUUACUCGAAGAAGCAAUUUACAAAGACCAGUCUUAGAUUUUAAAUAAAAAACUACUUAUGAGCCAGAGAUUGUACCUAUAAGGCAAGAUAACAUCUCUGAAACAAAAAGUUAAAAACAGUAUUAAAUUUUAUAUAAAAUUUAGCGAAGUUUUUGGAACUAACAUUAUUGAAUCUUCAUAUCCUUAAUAAACCAAUAAUGAAAAGGUAUACUCAACCAAUUCGAGUUUAACUUAGUCAAAAGGAAGAAAAACUGCUGAUUAAAUAAUCUAAGAUUAUGAAUCAAGAAAAAGUAAGAGAAAUUAUUGA